CUCUCCCUCCCGCCCCUCCCCCGUCGCCGUCCGCCAUAUUGUGGCCGCCGCAGCUCGAGCCGGAGCCUGGUGACGAGCCGCCGGAGCCGGAGAUGGAAACCAUGGCAAGUCCCGCGAAGGAUAAGGAUAACUAUCGAAUGAAGAGUUACAAAAACAAAGCCCUAAACCCUGAGGAAAUGCGUCGGCGAAGGGAAGAGGAGGGGAUCCAACUACGCAAACAGAAACGAGAGCAACAGCUAUUUAAAAGGAGAAAUGUGGAACUUAUUAAUGAAGAUGCUGCCAUGUUUGAUAGCCUCCUCAUGGAUUCCUAUGUCAGCACUACCACAGCUGGGGAGGGAGUGAUCACAAGAGAGAUGGUGGAGAUGCUUUUCUCGGAGGACCCUGAUCUGCAGCUAGCAACCACCCAGAAAUUCAGGAAACUGCUCUCCAAAGAGCCGAAUCCUCCGAUAGACGAAGUGAUAAAUACUCAGGGAGUGGUGGACAGGUUUGUUGAAUUCCUGAAGAGAAGUGAAAAUUGCACACUACAGUUUGAAGCGGCAUGGGCUUUGACGAAUAUUGCAUCAGGAACCUCCCAACAAACAAAAAUAGUCAUUGAGGCUGGGGCAGUUCCUAUCUUCAUAGAGCUGUUAAACUCUGACUUUGAGGAUGUCCAAGAACAGGCUGUCUGGGCGUUGGGGAACAUCGCUGGAGACAGCUCUGUGUGUAGAGAUUAUGUCCUUAACUGCUCUAUUCUUCCUCCCUUGUUACUGCUCCUCACCAAGUCCACCAGGUUGACAAUGACUCGAAAUGCUGUCUGGGCCUUGUCAAACUUGUGCAGAGGGAAGAACCCACCACCUGAAUUUGACAAGGUGUCUCCUUGCUUGCCGGUAUUGUCCCGAUUAUUAUUCAGCAGUGACUCCGACUUGCUGGCAGAUGCCUGCUGGGCACUCUCCUACCUAUCAGAUGGCCCCAAUGAGAAAAUCCAAGCAGUAAUAGACUCUGGGGUGUGUCGGCGACUGGUAGAGCUGUUAAUGCACAAUGAUUAUAAAGUAGCUUCCCCAGCUUUGCGAGCUGUAGGCAACAUUGUGACGGGUGAUGACAUCCAGACCCAGGUGAUCUUGAACUGCUCAGCUCUGCCUUGCCUGCUUCAUUUAUUAAGCAGCCCCAAAGAGUCUAUCCGGAAGGAAGCUUGCUGGACCAUUUCUAACAUCACAGCUGGAAACAGGGCUCAGAUACAGGCAGUCAUAGAUGCAAACAUUUUCCCAGUGCUGAUAGAAAUCUUACAGAAAGCAGAAUUCCGCACAAGGAAAGAGGCAGCCUGGGCCAUCACGAAUGCAACAUCAGGAGGAACCCCAGAGCAGAUCAGGUACUUGGUAAACCUAGGCUGUAUCAAACCUCUGUGUGACCUGCUGACUGUCAUGGACUCCAAGAUUGUUCAAGUGGCCCUGAAUGGCCUGGAGAAUAUCCUGCGGCUCGGUGAGCAGGAGGCCAAGCAAAGUGGCACAGGCAUCAACCCCUACUGCAGCCUCAUUGAGGAAGCCUAUGGCUUGGAUAAGAUAGAGUUCCUGCAGAGUCAUGAGAACCAGGAAAUCUACCAGAAGGCCUUUGAUUUGAUUGAGCACUACUUUGGAGUAGAGGAUGACGACUCCAACCUGGCUCCCCAGGUAGAUGAGAACCAGCAGCAAUUCAUCUUCCAGCAGCCUGAGGCCCCUAUGGAAGGCUUCCAGCUAUAAUGUGUUCAGAUGGGGAAGAACACCAUGAACUUGCCAGAAAUCAACUGGGAGCAGCCAGAGUUAUAGUCCCAUUUCCCCCUCCUUACAAACAGAAGGCGCAAACACCCACGCCACCCAUUAGGAAACAGUUCCUCCUUCAAGAACAACUAGAAGCAAUGCUUUGCUCUCAUGGAAAGAAGGGGAUUUUAUUUUUUACACUUUUUUUGCUGCUGCAUACAUGUCUUUAAAGCAGGCACCAAGGUGGAGGAAGGACACGGAGGUAACAAAUUGCACCUCUUGUUUUAAUUUGUGGUGAUCUUUCACAAAUAUUGUCACUUGUUACCUCGGGUACUUAAAUGAAAUUUCAGUAGGGGUGGGUGGGGGGGAAAAACACAAAUCAAAAGUUAAGCAUUCUCUUCUCUGACAACAUUAAUCCUGGAAGCUAGGGUUGAUCUAUUUAAUUUUUUUUGCACAUCUUACUCUUUGUUAAAGACUCUAAUCUGCCAAGAGCAAAGUUUAGCCCCUCACGUUUUCACAGCUCUCCUUCAGUGGACCGCGCCAUUGGACAUGGGCCAAGUUCCCCUUGAAACAUACUGUAAAUGGACAAAGGAGAAGUGGGGAGACUUUUCCUGGGGAAGGAUUUUUUCCCUUUGUUUAAAAAUAUUAAUUUUUUUUUAAAGAACUGUUAUUGGUAUUUAAAAAAAAGCAACAAAACCCCAAAGAUGGUAAUUGUGAACAGGUGGGGGAGAUGUUUUGGUGGUCUUUGAAAAGAGGAAGCACAGCUGUCAUUGCACGGGCUUCGCUUGCAUUGCUACUGAUUGAAGUCACAGAACUGUUGAAAUGGUGAAACCCAUCUUCAUCUUUACUUGAAAAUUGUUUCAUGAAAACAUGUAUUAAGAUUUGGAUUUUUUUCUGAAUGGAU